AUGACAAGUGGCACGCAGCAGCCUCCGCCGCUCCACGAUGUCGUCACCCUCCUCUCCUCCUGCGGACGGACCGGGAACCUCCGCCUGGGCACCUCCCUCCACGCGGCCAUCGUCAAGAAUGCCCACCUGUCCUUCCCCGGCGGCGCCGCCGCGCUCUUCCUCUGGAACUCCCUCAUCUCCAUGUACUCCCGCUGCGGCCGACUCUCCGAGGCAUCCGCUCUCUUCGAGCGGAUGGAGGUCAAGGACACCGUCUCCUGGAACUCUGUCAUCUCGGGUUUCCUCAGGGAGCAGGAGCUCCAUCUGGGUUUCCUCUUCUUCCGGAGGAUGCUUCGCUCCGAGGCCCGCCGCUGCGACCACGCCACUCUCACGACUCUCCUCUCCGUCUGCAACUCGCCGGAGCUCCUCCGCGCGUGCCGGGCGGUGCACUCCGCCGCCGUCGUGAACGGCCUCGCCAGCGCCGUCCCGGUGGGGAACGCGCUGGUCACCGCCUACCACAAAUGCGGGUGCGGCAACUCGGCGAGGAAGAUGUUCGACCAAAUGCCGGACAGGAAUGUGAUAACUUGGACGGCGACGAUCUCCGGGCUGGCACAGGCCCAGUCCUUCCGUGAAAGCUUGCUUCUUUUCAGGGAGAUGCUGGAAGCCGCGCCCGUGGAGCCCAACUCUCUGACCUAUACGAGCUCCCUGGCGGCCUGCUCGGGGCUCCGGGCCCUGCCGGAAGGUCGUCAGGUCCACGGGCUCGCGCUGAAGGCCGGCCAUGUUGGAGAUAUCUGCGUGCAGAGCUCGCUCAUGGAUAUGUACUCCAAGUGCGGCCUCGUGGAGGACGCCUGCCGGGUCUUCGACGCGGCCGACGAGCACGACGAAGUCUCCUACACGGUGAUCCUCGUGGGUUUUGCCCAGAACGGGAUGGAAGACCGAGCGUUUACCCUCUUCGUCGAGAUGGUGAGAUCGGGCACCGUCUGCAUCGACCCCACCAUCGUCUCCGCCGUCCUGGGGGCCUUCGGCGAGUCGGCACAGCUCUCUCUUGGCAAGCAGGUGCACUGUCUGGUCGUCAAAGCCUGCUUCGGCGCGAACGUCUACGUGGGCAACGGCCUGAUCAACAUGUACUCCAAGUGCGGGGAGCUGGAGCACGCCGUGCAGGUGUUCGACCAAAUGCCCCGCCGGAAUUCCGUCUCCUGGAACGCCGCCAUCGCCGCCCUCGCGCGGCACGGCCGAGGGAGCGAGGCCCUGCGGGUCUACGACGGCAUGAGAGCACAAGGCGUGGAGCCGACCGACGUCACGUUCCUGUCUCUGCUCCACGCCUGCAGCCAUGCGGGCGCCGUCGGCAGAGGGAUGGAGUUCCUGCGCGCCAUGGAGGAGGCCCACGGGAUCAGCCCGAGGGCGGAGCACUACGCCUGCGUUGUGGACAUGAUGGGCAGAGCAGGGCGCUUAGAUGAGGCGCUGCGCUUCAUCGAGGGCCUGCCGGAGGAGCCCACCGCCGCCGUAUGGCAGGCGCUGCUGGGGGCCUGCGGCAUUAGAGGGGACUCGGAGAUGGGCGCCUACGCGGCCCGGCAUCUGCUGCGGGCGUUGCCGGAGUGCCCCGCGGCGUACGUGCUGAUGGCCAACAUCUACUCUGCGGAGGAGAGAUGGGAGGAGAGGGCCAGGGUGGUGAAGAGGAUGAAGGAGGUGGGUGCGAAGAAGGAGCCGGCCGUGAGCUGGAUCGAGGUGGGGAAGGCGGUGCAUAUCUUUGUGGUCGGGGAUAGAGCCCACCCGCAGCACGAGAUCCUCUAUGGCGUGCUGGAGAUUCUGACCGCUGCCAUCUGCGACGAAGGGUUCGCAUCAGAUGGAAAGUUCAUCGAAUCACUCGAGAGCAUAUGA